AUGGCAACUUUGUUACGCAACAUAUCAGAGAUCGUACACGUUACCAGAAAUCGGAAACUGCCAUAUAUGGUUGAUGGACGUGACAUAUUUUCUGUGAGCGGAGGACAGGAUUAUCUCGAUAAACGUGCAAUCAUAUUGGACAGCAGCGAUGGAAAUAUUAUUUCCUUCGGACUGGAGGAGCGGAUUGUUUGCCCAACGCACACUUACGCGAAGGUUAUUGACUGUCAAGGUGGAACAGUCCUACCGGGCUUCAUCGACGCUCACGCCUAUCCUAUUUGGGAGGGCGACCGCGUAUCAGAUCUAGUUCACAAGCAGGCGGCUGGUGCUCUAAGUUUGGAAAUGCAGGAGACUGGAGAUGGCAUUAUUCAGACUGCAGAAAUUACAAAAACGUGCUUGGACAACGUUCUAUACGAGUCCUGUCGCGCUAAUUUUCGCAAUAUGCUUAAGAAGGGAACAACGACCGUAGAGUGCAAGACUGGCUACGGAAUAACCUGGGAAAAUGAGGAAAGACUGCUUCGUAUCCUAACCCGACUGAAACGAGAACUUCCAAUUGAUCUCUCAAUUACCUUCUAUGCCGCCAGCACAACACCAAAAAACAUGACAACGGAGGAGUUUGUGACGCAUAUCGUUGAGGAACAGAUACCUGCCUUGAAGAAACUUAUGGACACUGGAGAGGUCUGCGUGCAAAAUAUCGAUGUCCGUUGCAAAGAAGGCAGGUUUUGUCUAUGA